AAAAUUCUAUUCCUUCAAGUAAUUUAACACAAGCCAUCUAUAAUUCAUUAAUUUCAAUACUGGAACUUGAUAAAAAUUUAGAAGGUGAUGUUGGAUUUUCUUUUGAGUAUUGUGUUGAUUUUACAGACCUUUUAAAUUUUCAAGAAAGUAGCAAUUUAUCCAAAUCUUCUAUUGCAAAUAAACUGAUUGAAAAACAUGAGAAUAUGAAUCUGACUUCAGAUAAUGAAACAAAUUCUAGUGAUGAUGAAAAUACGGUUGAAACUGCUGAAUGGUUAUCCAAAAUAUUAAAUGAG